AUGCACUGCCUUGUCAGGAAAAUCUUAGGAAGAGGAAGGUGGAGAUGGAUCUAUGCUGCCCCCUUGUGGACCAGAGGUUUAUGGCUAUCUCUUUAUGACUUGCAAUUGGACCAAGAUAGUACUCUCGAGUCACAAUCCCAUCUCUUUAUGACUUGCAAUUGGACCAGAGGUUUGUGGCUAUCCUCCCAUUUGGCUCUUAGGACAGGUGAUUUCAGAGAUGGGUUGGAUGCUUGGGUUCUCAGUAUGAAGAAGGUGUUACCAGCGGAUGAAUUUGAUAACUUCAUUAUGAUCCUUUGGGGGAUAUGGAAGGCAAGAAAUGACUCUGUUUUUAACAAAACUAAACCUGAUAGCCAGCAAGUCGUGCGAAUGGCUUUGGUUGUUAGACAUGACUGGCUGGAACAUCAAGUGGCUAGAGGAUCGAGAAUUCAAGAAGAAGCUUGCUGGAAUCCCCCUUCUCAGGGGUAUUUGAAGAUUAAUGUGGAUGCUGGGUGGUCAGGAAAGGAGGGCACAGGGUAUGGAUUGGUGGCAAGGAAUGCAAAGGGUAUUUUCCAUGUAGCAGCUUCCCUAUAUGUUGACCAUCCAAUGGAUCCCCUCAUGGUAGAAGCUCUUUGUUUCAGAUAG